UAUAAUAGUUCCCACCUGCAAAAGGAAAGCCUCUCUCUCCUCCUCCUUCUCGAGUUUGUUCGCGAGCCGCGAUUCUGCUCUCCGGUCGAUCCAAAUCGAUCGCCGCCAUGGAUUCCUUCCUCUGACACCGCGUCUUCUUCCCUUCGUCCACCGUCGUCGUCCCCCCUCGAAGGCUGAGGCUCAGUUUCGCCGAUCGUUUCGAUCCUGGACAGCUCAUUCGGAUAUUCCAGAUACUCGCCGCGUCUGCUAGCAAGCGGUGAGGAUGUCAACUCCUGCAAGGAAAAGACUUAUGAGGGAUUUUAAGAGGUUGCAACAGGAUCCUCCAGCGGGCGUCAGUGGUGCCCCUCAUGAAAACAACAUAAUGCUGUGGAAUGCUGUUAUAUUUGGCCCUGAUGACACUCCUUGGGAUGGAGGAACGUUCAAAUUGACGCUUCAGUUUUCAGAAGAAUAUCCUAAUAAGCCACCAACUGUGCGAUUUGUUUCAAGAAUGUUCCAUCCAAACAUUUAUGCAGAUGGCAGCAUUUGUUUGGACAUUCUACAAAAUCAGUGGAGCCCUAUUUACGAUGUAGCUGCUAUUUUGACCUCUAUCCAGUCAUUGCUGUGUGACCCAAACCCGAACUCUCCUGCAAACUCAGAAGCUGCCAGAUUGUUUAGUGAGAACAAACGUGAAUACAAUAGGAGAGUUCGUGAGGUAGUUGAGCAAAGCUGGACUGCUGACUAAAAGGAUGCCUUGUUGGAUGCUCAAAUGCUUGAGAAAAUAGUCCACUUGCCUGUUUAAAUAACAUUGAGAAACCUGAGAACCAUUGCAAUGUGAGCUUCUUAUUGAGUGAAUGUUUGACUGGCUUGA